AUGUCUUCAGCCGCUGACAAACUCGACAAGCUCCCAUGGGCCGAAGUUAAGCUCGAGAUGACGGAAGAAAAAGGUCUCAAUCCUGGCAUCGUAGAUAAGAUUGGCGAAUAUGCGCCCCCGAGCUCCUCUCUCCUCAAGCACGAUGCUCCCCUAAUGGCCAACCCGAGCGCAAAGCAAGGACUGAGUGACAUUAGCGUCAUCUUCAGCCUUCUGAACGCGUACGGCAUCAUCGAACGGAUAUCAUUCGACAUGUCGCUCGCACGAGGGUUGGAUUACUACACGGACAUCAUUUACGAGGCGAUCGUAGAGGCGAGUGCACCGCCAGGGCUCAAAGCCACCAAUACCUUCGCCUCUGGUCCAUCGUCGGAGUCCACCGCCUCUCCCGCAGCUACCGGAUCCAAGCAGCCCAAGUCGAGACCAAAAACCACCGACGGCGCGGACGAAGAAAUCUUCUGUGGUGCGGCUGGCGUUACGCCUAAUCAUCAUCGACGACAUCUACCAGUGCCAUUGGAACAAGGAUGGCGAACAGUACCCUUCUACAUUCGGCUCCUGAAGAGUUUGUUCAGUUCUCCGCAAGUGAAGCUCCGAAAUGCACCUAAACGAAAAGCAGCGGAGUCUAUCAUCGCCGAACACUCGAAGACUACGUCAAAUGUGCAAUCUAACGUCGCCUUUGAUUGUCUCUAA